AUGGAGCCUACGAAUAAAUGUGUUGUUGGGACAAAAAUAUUUAUUAAGCAUAAAGAAAAAGUAUGGAUAAGUGCAGAAAUUAUAAAGGAAGAUACAGAUAUUGUUGUAAAAACAGAUGAUGAUGAAAUUGUGAAUUUAAAAGAAGGCGAUGAAUUUCUUCUUCGCAAUACGGAUAUAUUCAAUUCUAAUGGCUUGUCUGCACCCCCAGAUUUAACAAAACUGACGCAUCUACAUGAAGCAUCAGUUUUGCAUAGUUUAAAUAUUCGAUUUGACAUUGAUGAGAUAUAUACAUUUACUGGCCCGAUACUUAUUGCAAUAAAUCCGUUUAAACAUAUUAAAAAUUUAUAUUCAGAUAAUAUAUUAGAAAAACAUAUUCAACCUAUAAAAUCCAAGAGCCCACAUAUUUUUGCUACAUCUAAUAGUGCAUAUUUAGGAAUGUGUAAAAAUAAUAAAUCACAAACAAUAUUAAUAAGUGGUGAAUCAGGUGCUGGUAAAACAGAAUCAACAAAAUAUGUAAUGAAAUUUUUAGCAUGUGCGGGUUCUGAUAUAAAAAAAAGAUCUCUAAUAGAAUCACAAGUUUUGGAAAGUAAUCCUUUAUUAGAAGCAUUUGGUAACGCUAAGACAUUGAGAAAUAAUAAUUCUAGCCGUUUUGGAAAAUAUAUAGAAUUACAUUUUGAUAUAUGUAAUAAUGGAUAUGUAAAAGGAAAAUUAUAUGGUGCAAAAAUAUUGACAUAUCUUUUGGAAAAAGUUAGAGUAUGUGAUCAACAAGAGGGUGAAAGGAAUUAUCAUAUUUUUUACCAACUCUGUAGUGCUGUUCAAUAUUAUAAAAAUAAAAAAUUGAAUUUAGAAAAUGAUGACAAUAAUUAUGAUGAUGAAUAUUACUAUUUUCCAUCUUGUGAUAAAUUUAAACAAAAAGAAAAUGUGAAACAAAUAAAAAUAAAUUUGAAAAAAUUUAAGGAUCAUCUAAAUUUUCGAUAUUUAACAAAAUCAAGUGUUUAUGAAUUAAAUGAUGUUAAUGAAUUAGAAGAAUUUGAAUCAACUGUAUAUGCUAUGCAAGUAGUAGGGAUAGAAGAAAAUGAACAGAAUCAGAUUUUUAAAAUUUUAGAAGGGAUAUUAUAUAUUGGUAAUAUAUUAUUUAAUAAUGAUGAUAACAAAGAAGAAUCAAGUAUUUUAGAAUCUACAUAUGAAGAUUUAAAAAAUGCAGCUUAUUUAUUAGAUAUAGAUGCAGAUACAUUAAAAGAUGCAUUAUGUUAUAAAACUAUAAUAGCUAAUAAUGAACAUUACAAAAAACCAGUUACAUCAGCAAUGGCUAGUGAUAUACGUGAUGCAUUAGCUCGAGCAAUUUAUGGUUGUUUAUUUUUAAAAUUAGUAGAAAGAACUAAUGAAUCAAUAGGAUUAAUAAAAGAUGUAAAUUUAUUUUGUGGUGUUUUAGAUAUAUUUGGUUUUGAAUCUUUUCCAGUAAAUUCUUUUGAACAAUUAUGUAUUAAUUAUACAAAUGAAUGUUUACAAUAUUUUUUUAAUAAUUUUAUUUUUAAAUGUGAAGAAAAGUUAUAUAUAGAAGAAGGAAUCAAAUGGAGUUCUUUAGAUUUUCCAGAUAAUAAAGAUUGUGUAGAUAUAUUACAAAAUAAACCAUUUGGAAUAUUUUGUAUGCUUGAUGAAGAGAGUUUUAUACCUGGUGGUAAAGAUAAAACAUUUUGUAAUAAGAUUAUAUCAAAACAUGUUAAUAAUAAAAGAUUUGAAUCUAUAAAAACAGAUCCAAAUAGUUUUAUUAUUGUACAUUUUGCUGGAAAAGUUAUGUAUAAUUCAUGUGGUUUUUUAGAAAAAAAUAAAGAUCAGCUUUCUGAUGAUGCACAAAAUGUUUUAUUAAAAAGUCAGAAUGAAUAUAUACAUAAUUUAUUUAAAAAAUAUUUAAGAAGAAAUUUUGAAAAGAAAAGGUUUGCAACAGUUUCUAGUGAAUUUAAACAACAGUUAGAUGUAUUAAUGACACGAAUAAAUCAAACAGAACCACAUUUUAUUAGAUGUAUAAAACCAAAUUCAAAAAAUGUACCAGAUAUAUUUGAUAGACAUUCUGUUAAUGAGCAAUUAAAAUAUGGUGGUGUAUUACAAGCUAUCAAAGUUAGUAGAGCCGGAUAUCCAGUUCGAUUAACUCAUCAAAAUUGUAUAAAUGAAUAUUACAUAUUAUUAACAAAAGAUGAAAAAAUAAAUUUUAGUAAAUAUUAUGGUGAUAAAUCAUUAUCUGAAAAAGCUAAUUAUAUUUUAUCUAAAUUAGAAAAUAGAGAAAAAAUACAAGAUUAUAUGAAAUCACUUAAACAUAUUAGACAAAAAAAAAAUCAAGAAAACAUAUUUUAUGGAUCUGUAUUAAAAAAACAAUAUACUAAAAAUUCAAAUUUAAUAGAAAAAAAAAAUAAUACAAGAUAUGAAAAUAAUACCCUUAAUGACAUAAUUGAAGAUGAUAAAUUUAUAUGGUAUGUUGGUAAAACUUUAUCUUUUUUUAAAAUUGAAGCAUAUAAUAUUUUAUUAACUAUGAGACAAGAUUUUCGAAGUUUGAAUGCAAUAAUAAUACAAAAAAAUUAUAAAUGUUAUAUUGAAAAAAAAAAAUACAAAUUAUUAAAAAAAAAAAUUAUUACUAUACAAAGAUGGAUAAGAAAUGUAUUAACUAUUUUAAAAAAAAAAAAAAUAAUAAUGAUAAAUGCACAGGAAUUAAUAUGUUCAUAUAUAUAUACAUAUGCAUUAAGAAAAAAAUUUUUAUAUAAAAAAAAAUGUGCUAUUAUUAUUCAGUCAGCUUUUCGAGGAUAUUUAAUAAGACAAUCAUAUAAAAUAUAUAGAACAAAUUAUUAUGCCAGUAAAAUACAAGCAAUGUGGAAAUGUAAAAAAGAAAGAAUUAAAUAUUUAAAAUUAAUAGAAUCAACAAAAAAAAUACAAUUAAAAUGGAAAGGAAUAUUAGCUAGAAGACAAUUAAGAAGAUUGAAAGAUGAAGCAAAAGAAGUUGGUGCUUUACUUUCAAAAAACCAAAUUCUAAUGGAUGAAUUAAAAAAUGAAAAAUCUGAAAAAUUUGAAAUCGAAAAUAAAUUGCUAAAAGCUUCUGCAAAUUCUCAGAAACUAACAAAAAGGAUAGAAGCACUAGAACAAAUUAAUAAAAAUAAUGAGCUGGUUAUAAAAAAUUUGGUAGAGAAGGUGGAAAAGCUCUCACUAAAGCAAAAGGGGGAGAUCGCAGAAAAAGGUGCAGGAAAAAAUGCAGAAGAAAAUGCAGGAAAAAAUGCAGAAGAAAAUGCAGGAAAAAAUAUUAGUGAUAAUAACAAAAUUAGUAGAAAACAAGAUUCUGGGUCAGACCAUAAUUUAUUCAAACUUUUAGAUAAAAUAAAAAAAUUAGAGAUACAAAAUGAAGAAUAUGUAAAAAAAAAUGCUUUACUAAAUGAACGAUAUAAUAAGCUGUUGAAUAUAUUUUCUUAUUUUAAAGGAAAGCAUAAUUUAAUUAAUGAUUCGAAUGAAAAAAAUAUUCCCAAUAAUAUGAAAAGAGAACAAUUAAACAUUAUAAAUAGUAUGCUUUAUAAUGAAAUAUACGAACAAAAUUUGAUGGGAAAUAAAAUAGAUAUUAAUUAUGGCUCUUCUUCAAUUGUAAAAGAUAAAAAAGAGAUGUCUGAUAAUAAUAAUAUAACAGAGUUUAAAGAACAUAAAAAUUUAACAAAAAUUGGAAAUAAAACGAGAGAUGAUGUUAUAGACAUUUUAAUAUGUGGACCAAAAGGAGUAGGAAAAACAAGUUUGAUGGAAGAUUUAUUUGUAAGACUUGGUGAUGAAAAUAAUUUAAAUAUUUUAAGAAAAAAAAAUAAAAAAAAAGAAAUUGGUAAUAUUAAUCAUCCUAAUUAUAAUACAUAUAUAGUUAAUCAUAAAUUGUCUCAAAUAAAAAUAGUAGAUUGUGGUUAUUCAGAUAAUACAAGUUCAGAAGAAAUUCUUUUUGAAUAUAUAAAAAAUUCAAUUUGUAUUAUUAUUGUAUUUGAUUCUACAAAUAAAGAAUCCAUAAUACCAGCUUUACAUCUAUUACAAGAAGCAUCACUUAUUAAUGUAAAAAAAAGUACAAAAUUAUAUUUAUUAGAAAAUAUUUUUAAUGAAAAAAUAAAUUUAAAUCCAAAUGUAAACGAUGUUUCAUAUGCACAAAAAGUUUCCAAAACAUGUAACGCUACUUAUAUUCGAGCUUUAGAUAUUUAUGAUAUAUUAAAUGAUUAUGUGAAUCGAAUAACAACAAAUUCUACUUAUUUUUUAAAUAAUUUUAUAUCCGAAGAGACUAUUUCAAAAAACAUGUUUAUCAAUUCAAAACAUUUUCACACACAUGAUAGUAGUAACAAUGAUAAUAACAUAAUUGAACACUUGGAUAGAAGCAAUUCGCGUUGGUUUCAAAACGAAAAUAGAUAUAAAGAAAAUAUUAAAAAUGGUAAUAAUUGCAUACUUGGUAAAACAGAUGAAUAUUUUCACAAUUUUGAUAAAUUUGAUAAAUUUGGUAAAUUUGAUAAAAUUCAAGAAGGUGAAAUAAAUUUAUUACGACAUCAAAGUAGCACACAAUCAGUUAAUAACAUACAAGAUAAUAAAGAUAUCGAAAAUAAAAAUUUAAUUUAUAUAAAAAAUGAAAAUGAUAUAUAUCGAGAGAGUUAUGAUAAAUAUUCUACAAACAAUCUUGGAAAAAAAAAACAAAUUAUUCAACUUUUAAGAGAAUCAUUACCACAUAAUAAUUAUGUUUAUAAUAGUAAAAAAUAUAAUACUGAAUUGGGAAAAGGGUUACAACCUGUUUAUGAAAUUAUGAUAAAAGAUAACACACCUAUCACAUAUUUAUGUAUAGGCCAAAAUUCUAUAAAUAAAAAUUAUACAAUAUUAGCAGUAGGAUGUAAAGAUGGAAUCAUAUAUAUAUAUAAAUGUUUUAGAACCAAGAUGGAACAAAGCGAUACUUUUCAAACUCGGGGUCAAGAAAAUGAAACGAUAAACAAUUCCAAUCAUGAAAAAGAACUAGUUAGAAAUCGAAAAAAAGGAAACUUAUCGAAUGAGGAAGUAAAUAAUAGUGAAUUAAGCAAUCCUGAAGAAGAAGAAGAAGAUGAAAAUAAUACAAUUGAAUAUAUUAACGAGACUAUAAAAGAUGAAUCAUCAUUUACAUUAUCAGAAGAUAAUUCAAUGUCAACAGUUUUAUUAUCAAAAUUAUUAGGACAUAGAAAAGCUAUAACAUGUUUAGUAUUUUCUUUUUCAGAAGACAAAAUAAUAUCAUCCUCUAUUGAUAGAACAAUAAAAAUAUGGGAAGUAAGCACAGGGUUUUUAUUAAAAGUAUUUUCUGACUCAUCUGCAACAUUAUCUGUAUUAUUAUUUCCAACAAACUUAGAUAUAUUUUUAUGUUCAAAUUGUACAUCUCUUUUACGGAUGGUUAAUUUAAAUAGUGGUCAAGUUUAUCAAAAAAUCAAAGUUGAAAGUGAAAUAAGAGCAUUAGAAAUGGAUUAUACAUGUUUAAAUAUAUUUGCUGGAUCUAAAAAUGGAACUAUAUAUUUAUUAGAAUGUUUAUAUAAUGAAAGAGUAGAAAUUAAAUUUCGAUUUCUUUUUUCCUUAUUACCAAUUACUUGUAUUAAAUUUGUUCCAAGAAAAUAUAUUCACACUCCACCAACUAUUAUUGUAAAUUCUUGUGAUAAUCAUAUUGGAAUAAUCGAAUGUGUAUAUGGAAACAAAGGAAUUAUAACAAACUUAUCUGUUAAACAUAGAAUAAGAAUAAAUCAUGCUCUUUUACCAAUUAGAAGUUGUUACACUAAAUUUGGUGGUGGAUGGCUUGUUUCAGGAUCCGAAGAUGGAAACAUUUAUGUUUGUUCUCUUCUUCCACAAUCUAAUUAUAAACUCAUCCUUUUGAAACAUCACAAGGCCCCAGUCAUGUCAGUUGUGGUGAACGACAUAGACACAUUGAUGGUCUCAGGAGAUUCGAAGGGGAAUAUAGUUUUUUGGAGGAGAUCAUUGAUAUAG